AUGCCUAUGGAAUUCCUAAAUGAGGCUGGAUUAGCACUGAUCCCACACUUGGAAUGCGUGAUGACUACCCACCUAUCAUCUAAAUGCAAUUUUGAGUUGUUUGCUGAGUACAUGCUAAUAAAAGAGUAUGAUAUUCAACAAGAAAUAAAAUCGUUCCAGAGCACAAUGUCUCAGGUUACGACUGGAUCCGACUUCACCCGCUUCUUUGAAUCGCAUAAAAAUGUGAUAGACGCAAAAAUGAGUGAGUUUCAGGAAAAGGAUAGUGGAUGGACCUUGACACGAAUUAUUAGGCUGGAGCUUAAUGUUUAUAAAUGUGAUCCGACAAAAGGAUCUAAUCAUUUUGAGCUUCCGCUUAAAUUAAAAAAUAGAAAGGCAGUUGUUAAUGUACAUAACAAAGAUGCCUUCUGUUUUAAGUGGGCAAUUAUAUCAGCUCUCAAACCAAUAAGUAGAUCAUACCAUUGUAAUAGUUAUGGUGUUGAGAUUACGUCACCAAUAAUUGAGGUGAAUAACAUAAGGAUUGACUUCAAUGGAUUAUCAUUCCCGAUGGAAAUUCGAAAAAUAAAAGAGUUCACUAAACGAAACCCUCACAUAAGUUUAAAUGUGUUCGGGUAUGAUGAGGAAUCUGAUAAAAUAAUUGGACCACUUUACUGCGAUGGAGUGGAAAUGAGAAUCCACAUUAAUUUAUUAUUCGUCGACGGACCAACGGCGGGUAUUCAUGGACACUAUGUAUGGAUUAAAAAUAUUUCAUCUCUACUUGCCAAACAACUGGGUAAACAUCGAGUUAAGCGUUGGUUCUGUAAUCAAUGCUUACAAUACUCGACGAGUGAGGAGAGGGCGGCUCAACAUACAUUGAGAUGUAGUCGGGUGGUUACCGAGGGACCAAGGAAGGAUCAGAAGAUCACCUUUAAAAAUCAUCACCGUCAGUUGGAGGUUCCGUUCGUCGUGUAUGCAGACUUUGAAUGUAUAUUGGAACCAGUAUCAUUAGAUGUAAGUGUAAACACGAAAAUUAUUAAUAAGCAUGUCCCAGUAGCAUUUGCAUACUACAUAAAGUGUGCAUUUGACUCUGGCUUAGAUAAGUUUGUUUCGAAGACAGGAGAUGACUCAUAA